AUGGCUUCCUGCCCCGUGCUGUAUAGGGAGCGAGUGUUCCAGUCAGGUGACUGCGCCUACAGAAUCCCGGCCCUGCUCUACCUGCCGCAGAACAAGACCCUGCUGGCCUUUUCGGAGAGGCGCGUGAGCAAGACCGACGAGCACGCGGAACUGAUCGUCCUGCGCAGAGGAGGCUACGACGCGUCCACUCUCCAGGUCCAGUGGCACAAUCAGGAGGUGGUAGCCCAAGCCCAGCUGGCAGGUCACCGAUCCAUGAACCCAUGCCCCUUGUAUGACGAGAAGACUGGGACCCUUUUCCUCUUCUUCAUCGCUGUCCCAGGGCAGGUCUCUGAACAUCACCAGCUCCGCACGAGGGUCAACGUGACACGGCUGUGCCAAGUCACCAGUGACGACUACGGGAAGACUUGGAGCCCCCCUAGAGACCUCACUAGCACUGCCAUUGGCUCGGCCCACAGGGAAUGGGCCACCUUUGCGGUGGGCCCGGGCCACUGUCUGCAGUUGCACAAUGAGACCUGGAGCCUGGUGCUGCCUGCCUACGCUUACCGGAACCUUCACUCUCUGCGGGCGCCGUCCCCCUCCGCCUUCUGCUUCCUCAGUCACGACCAUGGGCACACCUGGCAACGCGGGCACUUUGUGGCCCAGGGCACUCUGGAGUGUCAGGUGGCUGAAGUUGGCGUUGGGAAGCAGAGUGUGGUGCAUCUCAAUGCCAGAAGCGUCCACAGGGCAAGGGUCCAGGCUGAGAGCACCAACAGUGGGCUCGACUUUAAGGAGCCCCAGCAAGUAAAGAAGCUUGUGGAACCUCCAGACGGCUGCCACGGGAGUGUCAUCAGUUUCCCUAGCCCCCACGCAGGGUCAGCCUCCUCGGACAAGUGGCUGCUCUACACACACCCAACUGACCCAAAGCAGAGGUCCAACCUGGGUGUGUACCUCAACAAACAGCCCCUGGACCCUGAGGCCUGGUCGGAGCCUUCACUGCUGGCCACGGGCAGCUGUGCCUAUUCAGACCUUCAGAGCAUGGGGUCUGGGCCCGAUGGGUCCCCUCAGUUUGGGUGUCUGUAUGAAUCCGACAAUUACAGGGAGAUCAUCUUCCUCUUGUUCACCCUGAAACAAGCUUUCCCGGCUGAGUUUUAA